CCCCAAGGCUCACAGUUUCUCAUCGCCCCGUCCCAAAUCCUCCACACUGUUCGAUCCACCCAACCCUCCCCAAAACCCCCGACCAAGGAGAGUAGAGCGCGAGAAGAUGUUCGGCUUCGGGCACCACGGCCACCACCACGGCGAGAACCCGCCGGCGCACCCUCCUGCCCACGGCGGCGUGCACCCGCCCACCUUCAAGAUCUUCUGCAAGGCCGACGAGGGGUACUGCCUCACCGUCCGCGACGGCAACGUGGUGCUGGCCCCCUCCAACCCGCGCGACGAGCACCAGCACUGGUACAAGGACAUGCGCUUCAGCAACCAGAUCAAGGACGAGGAAGGCAACCCUGCGUUCGCCCUCGUCAACAAGGCCACUGGCCUCGCCAUCAAGCACUCCCUCGGCCAGUCCCACCCGGUGAAGCUGGUGCCGUUCAACCCGGAGUACCAGGACGAGUCGGUGCUGUGGACGGAGAGCGGCGACGUUGGCAAGGGCUUCCGCUGCAUCCGCAUGGUGAACAACAUCCGGCUCAACUUCGACGCCUUCCACGGCGACAAGGACCACGGCGGCGUGCACGACGGCACCACCGUGGUGCUGUGGGAGUGGGCCAAGGGCGACAACCAGAGCUGGAAGAUCCUCCCCUGGGGCGACGAGGCCUACGCCGGCGGCAGCGGCGGCGCCGCCGCCAACGCGCCGUACGGCCACGGCGAGCCGACGGUCCGCAUCUACUGCAAGGCGGACGACGGGUUCAGCGUGACCGUCCGCAACGGCAGCGUGUGCCUGGCGCCGACGAACCCGCGCGACGAGUACCAGCACUGGGUCAAGGACAUGCGGCACAGCAACCGCAUCAAGGACGAGGAAGGGUACCCGGCGUUCGCGCUCGUGAACAGGGUCACCGGCGAGGCCAUCAAGCACUCGCAGGGCGAGGGCCACCCGGUGAAGCUGGUGCCGUACAACCCAAACUACCAGGACGAGUCGGUGCUGUGGACCGAGAGCCGCGACGUCGGCCACGGGUUCCGCUGCAUCCGCAUGGUGAACAACAUCUACCUCAACUUCGACGCCUUCCACGGCGACAAGGACCACGGCGGGGUGCGCGACGGCACCGCCGUCGUGCUCUGGAAGUGGUGCGAGGGCGACAACCAGCGCUGGAAGAUCGUCCCCUGGUAAAUGUGCGGUGCUGGGGCUGCAUUGGUCAUCACCCAAGAUCUGGAGAUGGAGUUGGAGAGCACAGCCACCUGUGGUCAGCAGCUGCUGCUGCUGCCGUGUUGUUAGAAUAAAGCUGGUGUGCGAUCGAUCCGUGGUGAUGGUGUGUCUUUGUGUGUGUUCAGUCGUGUGUCCUCGGAGCCAGUCCUGCUUCCGUGAGAGAGGGGUACUUCCUCGGUGAGCUUAUCUCACAAAGCCUUACCCCAUCUGAAGCUUGUUAUGCAGAGAGAGUUUUCAGACCUUGAGUGUUAACUCUGUGUUGUACUCGGUUCCUUCCCUUUUUAUCUAAGUGGGUUUUAUCAACCA